UGCGGGAGGGGACGUCGGCCGCAGGCAGGGUCGGGGAACGGGGGGAGCCUGGUGGGGGCACUGGCAGCGGGAGGGGUCAGUCCCGCGCCAUGGCCGGGGUGGGCUUUGAGGAGUUCUCGGUGCCCCCGGGCUCGGAGCUGGCGCUGCCCCCGCUCUUCGGGGGGAACAUCCUGGAGAGCGAGCUGGAGACGGAGGUGGAGUUCGUGGACGGAGGGCUGAGCGGGGACAACCUGCAGGACGAGGAGGAGGAGGAGAGCCAGCAGCGGCAGCGCGAGCUGGGCCGCCGCAAGAUUCAGGCGCUGGGACGGCGCUGCAAGGAGAUCGAGCAGGUCAACGAGAGGGUGUUGAACCGACUCCACCACGUGCAGAAGAUCACGCGGCGGCUCAAGCAGGAGAGGAGAUUCCUUAUGAGGGUCCUGGAUUCCUACGGGGAUGACUAUAGACAGAGCCAGCUCACCAUUGUCCUAGAGGAUGAAGGCAGCCCCAGCACAGAAGCCCCCACCCCAGGCAAUACUGAGAACGAACCUCCAGAGAAGGAGACCCCCCGGCGCUUCCCUGGCCCCCCACCGGCUGGCCCAGAGCCCAAGAGCCCAUCCCAGGCGGAAACCCCCACUGGAAAGAAGCGUCGCCGGCACGGGCGUGAGGACAAGGAACAGAGGGGCAGGCGGCUGGCCCCUGCCCUCCUCCCCAUAGAUGACUUCCCUGCACAGCUCAAAGAAGAGGACGAGUUCCCCUGCGACCAGGAUGCCGUACUUACGUCCAGCUGGCCCCGGCCCCGGGACAAGCUCCUCCCUUACCCCAAGUUCUCCAGCCCCGGGGCCUGCGCUGAUUUUGACUGAACCCUCCUGAAACUGACCCGGCCCCUCGCUCCGGCCCUCAAAGGGUUAAACCAGGAGGGGUGCAGCCCUUCCCUGUGAACUAGAGGGUUAACCCCCUGUACACCAGUCCCCUGUGCUGCGGGACCGACAGCCAAGCAGGGACAGCGUGGGGAGCCCCCAGCUGGCUGGGAGAAGGUUUCCCAGGGUGGAUAAAACUCCUGCCGUAAUCUUUCAGGCUUAAAAGCCCUGCGGAGCAAGGCAGGUCACGUAACAGGGAAAUAAAGAGACGCUGGCCUGGGCCACAGUGAACAAAGACUGAGUGAACUCAGCUGUACUGAGUUAGAGCAGGGGGUGGGGAUGCCUGGGUUCUGUCCCUGGGAGGGCAGUGGGGUCCAGU